AACCAUUACAUUCUUAUCAAUAUUAUAGUGAGACAUUAUAGCGUGAAAAGUUUAGUUAUGGUGGAAAGUUUCUCGAUGUUUUUAAUAAGGAAUUAUGACGAAGCGUCAAAUUGACUGCCCGAUUGUAACAAUAUAUGAACAUACAAAUCAUUGGCCAGCAAGUUUACAGUUCUCUCUGGCCGAAGACUCGAAAGACCUGCCUAGAACAUCCGCGUUGAAGAAGUCGAGGAAAGAGGAAGUGCGUCAAUGGCGACCGGAAGUCUCGUUCGACCAGGUCGAACGUAAUCUUUCAACAUGGAAUAAUCAGCGAUUGAAGCAUAUUACGUUUAGUCAGUUUUACGAAGAAAAUUGGAAAAGGAAAAUUUUUCUCCAAAGAAGUGACCAGCAAUUUUCAUUCAACGCCUGCUGCUAAGCCGCAAGAAUCAUGAGAGUAGCAGUAAUUCGUUCGUUUUUAGUCAUCGUUGCUCUCCAUUUGGCCGAAUGUGUCUUUCUUGUGGAUUUUAUGCGUAGCAUAAUUCAAACGGGGAGGGACAAGGUGGAUGAAACUGAAAUAUCAUAUCCCCACAUAUACAAUGCACGAAGGCAGCCGAUUAUUUCCGAUAACGUCCCGUUUCCUUGCGACGUGCAUUCUGGCAGAUCGUUAUUAGUGCCGGACAGUGUUCAUCGUUUGAGACCAGGCGACAUCGAUGUAAUCGGUGGUCUCGGUGAUUCCUUGGUUGCUGGGAGUGGUGCGCUGGAGGAAUUCGCUGUGGGAACUUUCAUCGAGGCACGCGGAGUCAGCUGGUGCGUUGGGGGUCAGGCUAACUGGAGACGGUUCUUCACUCUUCCCAAUAUUUUGAAGGUGUUUAAUCCGAGGUUAACCGGGUACGCCACGGGGACAGGUGAAUUUAUCUCGAGCGCAGCGAGAUUGAACGUCGCCUUCCCAGUCGCUGCUACCGAGGACGCGUUGCAGCAAGCGAGAAUCUUGGUCCGGAGGAUUAAGAGUGACCCGAAAAUAGAUACGAAGAAGCAAUGGAAGCUCGUCACGAUUCUGUUCGGAGCUAAUGACAUCUGUUCAGCGCAAUGUUAUAAUCCGCAACAGUUCUCGCCGAUGCGUUAUGCCUUGCAUCUGAGGAAGACGCUCGAUUUUUUAAAGAUCGCCUUGCCACGUACCCUGGUCAAUCUGGUUCCAGCUAUAGAUGUCACAGUCUCGGUGAGAGUGACGCGAAGUGCCAUGUGCAAUAUAUUGCAUCCUCUUUAUUGCGCUUGCAUGCACAAGGGUAGUCGACCGGAAAUCGACGCGUCGAAAAUGUCGCAGCUCUAUCAACAAGCUGCCGAAGCACUGAUACACUCGGGAAGAUACGACGAUUCUCCAGACUUCACGGUGGUUUUGCAACCGUUUGUUAAAUUAUUCAAUGCACCUAAUGCAGAUCCUACUCGUGCACCGCCGAUCGAUCCUAGUCUCGUUACGUAUGACUGUUUCCACUUUAGUCAGAAAGGACAUGCGCUUGGCGCCAAUCUUUUGUGGAACAAUAUGUUGGAACCGGUCGGAAAUAAGACGGAGGUGGGUCUGCCGAGAAUACUGCAGAGAGUGCUCUGUCCUACAGAGAACACUCCUUACAUCUUCACGAACGUUAAUUCGCGGCUUUUCCGAGCGACUGGCAGACAGGAUGGGAUAUUACCUACAUAGCGUAAGGAUUGCAAGAACGAUAAAAAAUCUAUGAGAUUCCCGUGACUAAUAGAAAUACCAAUAAAAUAUAUACCUACACUAAAGUAAAGAUCCUUGAAUAGCCUUUUGACAAAAUUAAAAGAACACAAUAUCUAUUUGUGA